AUGUCUAACCCGUCGCCUUCAGCUCAUCGGAUGCCCGUCUACUUCCUCGGCAUAGGCGGCCCCAACUUCAUGGAAAACCAGAACCACCCCGCCUAUCUCAAACUGGGUGAGACUGGGUUAGAAAUCACAACCAAGGUAAAACCCAAGGCGGUGGUUGUCUUCUCUGCUCACUGGCAAGACGGGCCUAGCAGGGUAAGUAUCAACGCUGCUGAAAACGCCAAAUUGAUAUAUGACUUCUACGGCUUCCCUCCACAUUAUUACGAGUACAAAUAUCCGAGCAAAGGAAGCCCGGAGAUUGCCGAGAAAGUUGCUCAGAAACUAUCUGGGGCCGGCAUACAAGUUGAGAAAGUCAAGAGAGGCUUGGACCAUGGUGUAUGGGUCGGGUUUCUAGCUGCGUUCGACCCUAAACGCAACCCCCUGAACGUCCCAAUUGUUCAAGUCUCUUUAUUCAACAAUGAGGACUCAGGCCUCCAUUACCGCAUGGGCCAGGCUCUCGAAGGUCUCCGAGACGAAGGAAUUCUCAUUAUCGGCGCAGGAAUGGCCGCUCAUAACCUGCAGGAUUACAGGGUUAAUCGAGGCAGCACCAAGCCCAUGCCAUACUCCAUCAGUUUUGACGAUGCCUUGGAAGCAGCUGUUUCCUCGAAGCCGGAAGACCGUAGGACGGCAAUGUCGGCCUUGAUGAGACGCAGCGAUGCGAGACAGGCGCAUCCAACGGUGGAGCACAUCCUGCCUGUUCAUGUAGUUGCGGGUGCUGCUGGUGCUGAUGUUGGUGAACGCUUGUGGACUAUGCCCGAGGGGCCCUUGAACUGGGCGCAAUAUCGAUUUGGAAAAGUUUAA